GCCAAUCAGCGGCUACUCCUUCGCUACUCUGAGAAAGAUGGCGACUUUAUGAACGGUUUAGUGGGGUAUGGAGGCGGCGGCCGGACUCCCCCAUGGCAAACAAACGGCGGCAAGCGGUGUCGGUAACGGCAACUGAAAAGCUGAUCAUAACGAGCCCGGCGAGGCGGAGCAAUAGACGAAGAGCUGCUGUUGAAAGUGGCCAACGUGGUGGGAGUCCCUGUAGCGAAAACAGAGCGGAGGAAAGGUCUUUGUAUAAGACGCCAAAGAGAACUCAGGUGAGCAGAUCACGGUUGCCUGUUUUCAGUUCUCCUACAAAUGAAAUUGACAAUCAGCAAGAGAUCUUUUGGGAUCCUCAGUCACCUACAAUAUAUAAACUAGGCAACAGUCAAAAGAAACUGACAGUUGGUGGACAUACAGUUGAGAUCUCAGAGAUUGUUAAUCGAAUUGCUCCUCAGGAUGAAAAACCUGCCUGUUAUGAAGGAUCUUUUCUUGGGCUAUGGAUUGGUGAAGAUGCAAUUCCUUGUACUCCUGGAGUAACGAAAGCACGAUCGAGAACAAAAAUAAACACUGCAAAAGAUCAUCAAUUAAAACACGGAGAAGAGGAGCUUAUGAAAUUAGCAAAGCAGUUUGAUAAAAAUCUGAUUGAUGCAGUCCAGGAACAAAACUUUUUGCAGCCAAAUUCUAUCCAUGUUUCAUCAACAGCAAAACCAUCAACUGACCAUCAUAUCCAGGUCCAGAGAGAAGAUCAGUGGCAAUUGCUGAAUGAACAUCCUGCAUUUAAUUCUACUUUGUCCCAUGGGAGACUUAAGGAUAAUGCUGGGACAGCUAAGAGUCUUAAGAGCAGUAGUCAAAAAUCCAUUGAUCUAGAUGCUGAAGGGGCACUAAAUGAGCUUUUUGAUUGUUCUACCCAAAAGUGUAGUGGCCGAUUGAGCCAAGGUGUGUUAAACUGUUCCUUGAUCCCUGUUGUGCAGGAUAAGGGUACUUUGCUGGAGGCAGAGCAGCCUUCGGUUAGUGAUGAACCUCAAGGACAAAGUGCCAUGCAUCUUAAACAGCAUUCAAAAUUCCUUUUAACUGAAAAAGCUAAAACAACUUCUGUACAAACAUUUUCAUGUGAAGAGCUUUCUAAUAAUCCUGAGAAUACUUUCAGUGAUGACAACUAUGACUGGGAUGCUGAUCUGUUACCUGAUGAUUCACUUCUCAUGCAAAUUGUUCAGGAGCCCGAAUUGAUGAAAAGUGCAGAAGAUGCCCGUAUUUCUGAGGAAAAGGGAGAAUCAAAAAAAUGGACUGUAAAUUCCAAGAAGCCAUCUGUUGCCCAGGCUGGAGUUCAUAAUUCUUCCAAUACCAUACCAGUAUCAUGUGUUUACAUGUCAAACCAAAACAUUCAGACAGGAAAAGCCAAGAUUAUUCCUUUUCAUGAAGAUAGCUCAUUAAAAACCAACAAGGUGGAUUCAUUUUCUAAAACUAGGCAAAACAACACUCUGGACUAUAAUUUUACUUCAGUGAAAUCUGAAAACAAGAAUGUGCCUCAUGGCCCUUCCCAUCUUAAAAGUGCUACAAAUACAAGUUCUGAAAAAACUUCAAUUUCAUAUUCUGAUCUUGCUAAACUAUCGACUGGGAAAUUCAAAAGCCACGUGCAUAGCACGAGCUACAAGGCCUCAGUUGUUUCUGGCAAUAAAAACCAUCAUGAUCUAAAGACGGCAACUAACCAGGGAAACCCUGAUUGUCCACAACAGACAUCCGUGGCAAAGAAAGGCAUGUUUUCGUUCGAUGAUUGGGGUGAUCCCAAGUUUUCAGACGAUGUUCUAGAAUUGUUUUGUGAAUCUAAUACCUCUUGGGGCACCCACUGUGAUGAUGAUGAUGACUUGCUUUAUCAAGUUUGUGAUGAUGUAGAAAGGAAAACACAGAGCCAAAUGGGUAUGAAGGAAACUGGAAAAGGUAAAUCAAUGGCAAAGAGUACUUCCAAUUUGGCGCAGAACCUUUGUCAGCCAGGGUUUAAUCAAGGACUUUCCAUUUGCCUGCAGACUGAGAAGAAUCGUGCAAGCAGAAAGACCUUUUCGUUGGAUCUGCCCAUUGCAAUAAGGAAGAAUGAAAAUUCUGCAAAUAUGUCUACAGUGUUUGAAGGCAGCUUUGCAUCUGGAAUUGGCAUAGCUACUAUGUCCAGUGUGCAGAUAAAUAAUAAUAAUAGGCAAUGGCAGAAUGGCCGUGAUGUGGGCAAAAUAAAAACAAACUGCAAUCAGUUAUCUUCUGAAAAAUCCAAAUAUAUGUUCAAAAAGACCAGUAGUUCUCAAGCCCUUAUUUUGGACCAUAAAAAUGUGAAUGUAGGCAGUGUUUCUGGAACUAACAAGGGGCUGUGGGAAAGCAAGAAUGCACCAAAUAUUCCAUUUCAGAAAGUCAUGAAUGGCAAGCCAGCUGUUAAGAGCAUUGAUUUUGCACCAUCAGAGAAAGAAUAUAAAAGUAGGAGGUGUUCUCAAGAAGAAAUUGCACGGAAAAAGCAAGAAGCUCUUGAGCGAAGAAAGUGUAAAAUGGAAACAUUGUUCAAAAAUGCUGCACCUACCUGAGUACUUUUCAGUACAGAAGAAUUAAUGGCAGGUGGGCAGUGGAGUCUUUGUCACUAAAAUAUAUGUAUAUAUUGAAGAGUACUGCCAAUUCCUUCACCUACCACUGUCUUUAUUCUACAGAAUGGCAGUAUUAAUUGCUUCUGAAUUUCCUUCCCUCCUUUUUGGAAACACUAUUGCUUACAACUGUUUUUUUAAAAAAUAAAUUAUUUAUUUGGACUUGGGAUAUUAGAUCUAUUGAACUGAUAUCAAUUAUUUUGUGAUUAAAUCAUGCAAUUUGCAUUUGUUAUUCCCAUGAAGCAUAAUGUGUCAGUUCGUACUUUGGGAACGUUUGAGAAGAUCAGUAUCCAGUUUAAUUAUAUAUUGAUCAUUUAAUCCAUUUCCCAUGCAACAUUAGUCUUUAAAUUUUGUAAUGAACAUUUUGUUUAUACUGAGGUCAUAAAUGACAACAUUCCAAGCUUUAAAGGGCGUACCAAUAAUGUAAACGUUUAAUAGUGAGCCUUGAAUGUAACUCACAGCUUGGUUCCAUUUUAAUUUUAUUUUAUCACUACAUUAUAAAGGACUGAUUCUGUAGUAAAAGCAUGUGAAAAUUUUCUAUCAUUUAUUUAUCAUUGUAAAUUACAUACAUGCUGUAAAUUGUAAUUAAACUGAUAGCAAUUUCUCUGAU